GAGUUGGCAAUCCCAAGGAUCCCGGAAUGCACGGACGGUGUUAGCGGGGGAACAGGAAGUUCCAGGCAGGCGCCCACCAUUAUUCAGUAUAAAGAAAGCACCAGAACGAUGCAGUCAAGAAGAUAAGCUAAGUGUCCUUUUCUAUUUAUUACUACAGGUAUGUAAUAGCACGUUUAAACGUUCUGAUAUCAAAAGAAUAUGUCAUAACAUUUUAGGUAAUAAGUCCGUUAAGGUAUUAUCACGUUUGGUAAAGGUUUAAUGUGUAAUUUUUGUGUCAAACCGAGUGAAGCACAUGAUAACUAAGUUACAUAUUUAGAGCCUUUAGGGUUUGUCUGAGUGGAUGUACAUAAUUUUCUCAAGGUCAUUUCAUAAAUAAUCUAUUUACUUCUGAGAUUUCUGAAUUCGUGUUGCAAAUUGUUUUUUUAAUGUAAAAUUCACGAGCUGGUAAAAUGGCGGCGCCACUCGGUUUGCGUCAACAGACUUUUUUUUAUUUUAUUGCAACAAUAAUAACAUUAUUACACAUCAAUACAGGGACAUGUAAAGUCCAGGCAGAGAGACAAUUUCACUGUUCCACCACUGUUUUGAAGCUGAAUGUAAUGAUCAUCAGUUUUCUACAUGUGUACUAAUAUUCAGACACAUUCAGUUGUUUCUAUCUUUAUCUAUAAAUGUUACUAUGGUGUGAAAGGGUAAUACUAUUCGUUUUGAUUUAAAUAACACAGUGAAGACCAGGUUAUUCAGGAAAAUACUACAUAGUGCUGCCUAAAACAAACGGUAACCUUGUACUAAAUGGUUUUUGAGUCAUUUAUGCAUUUGUGAAUUCAGGACAUCUACUAUACAUUAAGUGCACUUAAGUUGUGUAGCCUGAUUUUAAAGUGUAUACAUUGUCUAAUGGGAAUCAGAUCUAUUGAAAUCGGAUCAGUGCUUGACUUGGACAGGAGCUCACCAGAGCGGAGUACCGGCACCUCAAAUUUCUGUUUGAGCUCAUGUUCCUCUUAUAGAAUAUUAGCUUAACAGUAUUGUAGCGCUCCUGCACCUAAAUAUAAACAAUAUUUUUUGAGAAUAAAUUAAGUGCCAGAACUGCCAAGACAAUAACUUUUGGGUCCGUUUGUCUUUACUACUACUGGCCGACUCAGAUUAAGUCUGAGGCCGGUAACAUCAACAGUGAGGACAAACCCAGCCUGCCUCUCUCCUUCUACACUGAGUUCAAACCUACAGUCACCCAGUCCUGAUUGUGACAGUGGAGCCCAGUUUGCUCUGCAGGAUCCAGAGAUGGCAUCAGUGAAGCUGGAAGACUGCAGUCAAACACUGGAGCUGAAUGUCAACAUUAAAGAUGAAGAAGAGGAGGAGACGAUUGGGAAAUCUGUUAGUCAUGGCCGACUCAGAUCAAGUCUGAGGCCGGUAAUAUCAGCAGUGAGGACAGACGCAGCCUGCCUCUCUCCUUCCACACUGAGUCCAAACCUACAGUCACUGGGUCCUGAUUGUGACAGUCGAGACCAGUUUGCACUGCAGGAUCCAGAGAUGGCAUCAGUGAAGCUGGAAGACUGCAGUCAAACACUGGAGCUGAAUGCCAACAUUAAAGAUGAAGAAGAGGAGGAGAAGAUUGGGACAUCUGUUAAUCAUGGAGACCAUGUUGAGACAUUCUCUACAUCUAUAGAGCAACAGCAGGAAGAUCACAGAGCUAAGAGGUCUCACCACUGCCCACAUUGUGAGGAGAUUUUCCCAAUUCUAUCAAAGCUAAAAAUACACCUAAGAAUACACAAAGGAGGGAAUCUGUAUUUCUGCACUGACUGUGGGAAGAGUUUCACAACAUCAAAGGCUAUGACAGUUCAUCAGAGAGUACACACAGGAGAGAAGCCUUACUUCUGCUCUGACUGUGGAAAUAGUUUCUCUCGACGGGGCGACCUAAAAACACACGAACGUAUACAUACAGGAGAGAAGCCUUACUCCUGCUCUGACUGUGUAAAAUUCUUCACCACAUCAGGUGAGCUAAAAAUUCACCAGAGAACACACACAGGAGAGAAGCCAUACUCCUGCUCUGACUGUAGGGCGAGGUUCUCUCAACUGAGCCACCUAAAACAGCAUGAACGUAUACACACAGGAAAGAAGCCUUACUCCUGCUCUGACUGUGUAAAAUGCUUCACAACAUCAUCUGAGCUAAAAGUUCAUCAGAGAACACACACAGGAGAGAAGCCUUACUUUUGCUCUGACUGUAGGGCGAGUUUCUCUCAACUGGGAAACUUAAAACAACACGAACGUGUACACACAGGCGAGAAGCCUUACUCCUGCUCUGAUUGUGGAAAGAGUUUUUCUCGACGGGGCCACUUUAAAACACAUGAGCAUAUACAUACAGGAGAUAAGCCUUACUCCUGCUCUGAUUGUGGAAAGAGUUUUUCUCGACAGGGCGAUCUAAAAAUACAUGAACGUAUACAUACAGGAGAGAAGCCUUACUCCUGCUUUAAUUGUAUAAAAUGCUUCACAACAUCAGGUGAGCUAAAAGUUCAUCAGAGAACACACACAGGAGAGAAGCCAUACUCCUGCUCUGAUUGUAGGGCGAGUUUCUCUCAACUGAGCCACCUAAAACAGCAUGAACGUAUACACACAGGAGAGAAGCCUUACUCCUGCUCUGACUGUAGGAAGAGUUUCUCUCAAUCGAGCCACCUGAAACAGCAUGAACGUAUACACACAGGAGAGAAGUCUUACUCCUGCUCUGACUGUGGAAAAUGCUUCACAACAUCAUCUGAGCUUAAAGUUCAUCAGAGAACACACACAGGAGAGAAGCCUUACUUCUGCUCUGACUGUGGGGCGAGGUUCUCUCAACUGGGAAACUUAAAACAACAUGAACGUAUACACACAGGAGAGAAGCCUUACUCCUGCUCUGACUGUGGGGCGAGUUUCUCUCAACCGUGCAACCUAAAAAAUCAUAAACGUAUACACACAGGAGAGAAGCCUUACUCCUGCUCUGACUGUAGAAAGAGUUUCUCUCAACUGGGCCACUUAAAAAGACACCAAGGUAUACAUAAAGGAGAGUAGCCUUACUACUGCAAUGACAGUUUCCACAGUUUUAAAUCAUGAGCUGAGCUAAACGAUCUUCAAAGAAUAUACACGGGAGAGUGGCCUUUCUUCUGCUCUUACUGUAGCAAGAACUUCUCCCGAUUGGGCAAUGUAAAAACACACCAAUGGCUACACACUUGAGAGAAGCCUCAUCAGUUCUCUCAGACCAGCUGAGAUUAGUCACUCCACUUAAUUCUUCUCAUAAAAUAAUUUGCAAUGUUGAAUUGGAUCAAAUGAAGAAUGUGUAGAACACUUUUAGUCCUAUUGUUUCUCACUGUGAGAGAACAAUGCAGAGAACAGGGAGCAUUAUGGAAUGAUCAGUGAGCAUCUUGUCAAUUUUGCAAUUUUGCUGACAGUUGUGAAUCUGAUGCAGCCGAAGAGCUACUGCCCCUUUACCUGGGAAAGCACCGAACAACAGACAGGGAUGUUGGACCAUCGAAGACGUGCAAAUGUGAUGAGACCUACAUUGAUUUGGGGUUCACUUAUAUUGGGAAUAGUACCUUUCCUCAGCCAAAGUGUGUUUAUAGCUCACAACUGAAACCUUCACUCUUACGCAGACAUUUAGAAAAAAGCAUGCCAAAUUGAAAAAUAAGCCACAGGAGUUUUUUGAGCGAGAAUUAAGACAACUUUCGAGUAGUAAGACAUGUAUAAAAGCAACAGAUACCAUUAAUAAGAAGGCGCUAGAAGCGUCUUAUAUGGUGAGCUACCGAGUGGCUAGGACAGGCAAGCACCAUACUAUUGUGGAGGACUUCAUUCUUCCUGCUUCCGUGGAUAUGGCUGGAGGAAAGGCCCAAAAAAACUAUACCGCAUCGGCGACAUGGCAAGAGAUGUUUUGAUACAAUUACUGCUUCGUAUAUACAAGCCAGUGAAUUCUAUGCGUUACA